GCAUGGUUACCUAGCCCGGUGCAACAGCGUACACUCCAGCAGCCAUCGAUACUGGCGCAAUCAGAUUGAAGUUGCGGAGUGCGCGGUGCACCUUUGUUCCGCUGACCCCUGUACCGCACCGGACUGCGCAGAAGUCCAUGUGGGCUUGAGCGCUGUGGCGCCCCGCUCUGAGGAGGUUGACCUUCAGGCGGGAGGAGAGCCUGUCGCCUUGCCCUUUGCUGUUGCCUGCGGCGAGCUUCUCGCCCGGGCAAUGGCAGCGCAGGUCGCGUUGGGCGGACCUGAGGCAAAAGGGCCUCUCUCGUUGGGGCCAUGCAAGGAUUGCAGUUGCGGGCCACCCAUCCGCCUACUGCAACCGGACGAGCGCACGAGCUGCACGGAGGACUUGAUGUGUGAAAACGAUGGGUACUACUUCCGCGCAUGUCAAAGGCACCGGGACAUGUACGAGGCGUCUCGGGCCAAGAGGGCCUGUGCAGUAGAGGGCUGCAACAACGCCGCCAGAAGUGUGCUCAAAGGAGUGCGCCUGUGCAAGCUCCACUCGGCUAAGGAAGAGAAGGGGCCGAAACCUCAGAGCGAAGCGAAAGGCCCCCGCGCUGUCGGGGACGUCGUUCAGGAAGCAGACAAGGAGGGCGCCGCCUCACCGCCUGAGGCGCGUUCCGCGCCCGGGCAGGGGGGUGGUGACUCCAGCAACCUUGCCUCAACGGGGAACGAACAGGAGGACUCCAAGGAUUUGGCCGCCUACCUGCAGGCGAGGCUGAAUGGAGAGUCCCACUCAGUCGCUCUCCUCAGCACAGCGAAGCGGGACGAGAGCCUGACCGCAGCGAGCCGACGCCUCACAGAAACAGCGAAGGCGGCGCUUCAGAGGCUGCCUCCGGACUACCCGGAGGAGGUAGCUCAGCUCAUCCGGAGUCUCGCCGGAGCUCGCGAGAAGGGGGAGACACCCGACCCCAUCCUCGAGUUAGGAAAGAGGAGCCUGGCGCGGACCGCGGCCGAGCUACCUCGCCCGGUCGAGGAGCGCAAGCCCGAGUCCUCGGUGGUGCCUUUUACGGUCCCGGCUCCACGGUUCGGCGUUGCUACCGCUGCUCCACCUCAGGUGAGCGCGGCACUGCUCUUUCGACAAAGGGAGGCCAGCAGGGCGACUGCUAGCGACAGCGCGUCAGCGGUGCCUCUGCCAGACGGCCUCGUAUCAGCGCUGAGACCCUCACGGGCAGGCGCGUUUACGGAGCCAGAGGCACGCCCCACUGAUGACACAGCAAGGGCAUUGCAGACGAUUGCGAAGACUCUCAGAAAGGAAUUGUUCCACUCGUUGAAGACCGCCGGGGCACAGGGAAGGCCACAGAUGCGAGCACUUCGAUUUCCGGUGAACGUCACCAACAGGGUCGCGUAUGGGCUGGCCUCUCUUUCCAUCGGCGGUCGAGAGGUCAAGUCUUUGCCGGAGUACGCUCUCUCUGUUGCCGACUUCCCUUUGACCUCAGAGGAAGACUUCGACAACUUUGUCCCGCCACCUGACAGUUGGCUGGAAAAGCGUCCACGCCACCCGACGACACUGACAGCGUGGUUUCGGGCCGCCCUUAGGAUGGCCUGGGCGGUUGCCUGCGUCUAUGGCACCGAGCACUACGCACUCUUUGAAGCUGCCGCCACCAAGCUUCUACACCUGGGAGAAGAAGCAACCUAUGCUUGGCCGCUCCCCUGGGUGAUGAGCACUUGGGAAGAGCUUUGGAGCCGGAUGGUCGAGGAACUUCGGCAGCUGGACCGGGAGAUGCGAAGGCUGAUGGGGGAAGAAUCCCCUUCGUGGGAAAGGAUCAGGUUUUUCUGCACUUCGCCGGACGAUCAAGGGAACCCUUGGCUUCGGCUCCCCCGCACGUUUGACCUGGAGGAUCCUAAGGAGUUCUUCGCGUCGGACAUAGUCCCGAGACACCAGAGGGCUCUCACCCGGAACUGCUGGCAGCAGGCACUGAAAGCUCAAGGCCUGGGCACCACCGCUCAACUGGGCGGGGGCCGAGCUGGAGGCGACCCCCCAGACGAGGGAACGGCAGUGGCGACUCAGUCGGACGUCCUAGAGGCCUCGAGGGCCGGAGAAGUCGUGAAGCAGGGAGAGCCUGGCGGAGCUCCGGUGGUGGCCAAGCUCCAGGGACCCGCUCUCACUACCAAGGAAGCCUCGAGAGCUCUCGACCACAGGCCCAAGGCCAGAGAAGGAGGAGGCUAUCUCUGCUGGGACUAUAUGUCUCACAGGGGUUGCCACCUGGGGGCCAAGUGCCCACAUGCGCACCCCCCAGCAUCGCAGAUCCUAGCGUGGAACAGUCUUGACUGGUCGGUCCAGCUUCAGCUACUGCGUCGCGGGGGUCUGAAGACCAAACCUAAGACCAAGUCGGUCGACGCAGCUGUAGCAGCCCUCCGACGGGAGGUAGCCCGCAAGCAGCAGGAGCACGUUGAAGAGGGACAGCGCCAGGCAGCGGCAGCUGCCAGGGCCGCGGAACGCCAGCCGACGGCACCCGCAGCAAAGGCCAAGGCAGGUAGAGGACGGCGUAAGGCUGGAGGCCCCACCGACGAGGCCGAAGAAGCCGCGGCCGAGGCCUCGCCGCCGGAGGAGUUUACCUCUUUUGCGCCGACUGACGCUGAGGCUGCUUUGGCAGAGUGGGAAGAAGGGCCUGACUUCACCUGGUUCGCUGACCAGUCCGCUCCCGCCGUCCGAGAGGUGGACGCCUCCGUUGUUGCCAGGGCGCGCCAAAGGCCCGAGGCGCGGCAUCGCGCCCGGGCCAUGGACGCCGUGACUAAAGAAGCUUCUCUGGAGGGUUGGCCAGCUCUUCUGGCUACGUUCGUCAAAGCCCACCUCGUUCGCCGUAAGGAGUCGCACCCGGGGGAAACCUUGAACCCGGACCACGUUCUUGAGGCUCUCCGCCUCGCGGUUGCCGAAGGCGGACCUGAGUUGGCCACACAGGCGGAGGCCGAACUUGAGAGAACCGAACCGGUCAAGGCAGGGGAGUCAGUUGCUUCCUUCUCGGAGGCGACCCCUGAUGGGGACUGCCUCAAGUGCGAAAUGCGAUGGGGAUCGCACUCUUGGCCCGUCGCCGACUACGGCGACAGGCUCUGCUUACUCCCCGGUGUCUCCGAACAGGUCAGGGGGGCGCCCUCUUCCGGUGAACCCGAAGGCCGACAAUGUCUCGUCUUACACUGCGUCGCAGGUAUCCUGCUCCGUAAGCAAGGGCGUCUUCCCACUUCGGCCGAAGUGGCUUCCGCGGCUGCAAAGGUCCGCAAGGAGCUCCUUGACCGCGCUGUGUCUUCGGACACCGCGUUGGGCCCGGUCCCGGAUGAGCUCUCCCGGGCCGAAGCGGACUUGCGUAUUUACGCGCAUGACCUGCGGCAUUGGGCGCAUGACAAGGACUAUCGCUGCCUGGCCGCGGGGGCGGACGCCACGGCCUCUUCGGAACCCAUCGUGCUGGUCAUUCACCAGGGCCACAUGCGACUGGUGCACGCU